AUGGUUUGGGAUGUGACAGCCAAUAAGAUUGACCUAAACAAGAAAGUUUCGGCCCGAACUGUUGUUGAUGUCAGAGCGAGUCCGAAUUUGGAUCUAGGAUACAAUGGACAAUUUCAUGACCAAGUAACCGUCUACGGUCGGUGGCCCUUGGAAGCAGACGGAAGACGCAUAACCUUGCUCGACUGGCCGGUGAUUUUCAUCUCAUUUGUGCUUGCUUGGGCAGAGUUCAUUGUUUCAAUGAUCACAAUUCUAUUACCAACGCCCGUUUUGUCGCUUUUUACGUUUGUCACCACGACCGUGUACCGGUUCUCUUCAGAUCCAGUCAACUUCAAAACAGAAGAAAUCGACGAUGAAGAUAGCUACAAUCCCAAAUAUACGUAUCUCAAGAAUCAUCGCAACAUUCUGAAGGAGAAGUAUGUGCUCAUGACAGGCUUGUUGAACAGUACCUCUAUCAACGAGAUGGUCGAACUAUUUGGCUACAGUGUUGAACCUCGUAUCGUGCAGACAAAAGAUCACUACUUGUUGACAGUACACAGAUUGUCAAAGCCAAACGACACCACAAGAGUGACUAACGGUAAGGUGGUAUACUUGCACCAUGGUCUCUUGAUGAGUUCAGAAAUAUGGGUCACAAUGCUUGACAAAUACCAAAACUUACCCUUCAUUCUCUACGAUUUGGGGUACGACGUUUGGAUGGGAAACAACCGUGGAAACAAAUACAGUCAGAAACAUUUGCAACACAAGUUGCACACUGAACAAUUCUGGGAUUUUUCCUUGGAUGAGUUUGCCCUCUUUGACAUCCCCAACACAAUCGACUAUAUCUUGGACGAGACAAAAAAACUGAAAUUGACGUAUAUAGGGUUCAGCCAGGGAACGGCACAGGCAUUCGCUAGUGUAUCCAUCAAUACUGAUUUGAACGACAAGAUAGACCAGUUGAUUGCCAUUUCUCCAGCCACUACUCCCCAUGGACUUCACUCAAAGUUUCUCGACUUAUUCUUGAAGUCGUCUCCUAACGUGUUCUUUUUGUUGUUUUCAAGAAAGAUAUUAAUGCCUUCAGUUGCUUUCUGGCAAAAGAUUAUGUAUCCACCAUUGUUCGACACCAUGAUUGAUGUAUCGAACUAUGUCCUUUUCAACUGGAAGUCCAAGAACAUUUCUAAAAUUCAAAAGUUGAGCAGUUACGCACAUUUAUACUCUACAACUUCUGUCAAGUCAGUUGUUCAUUGGUUCCAAGUAAUGUCAUCCAAGAAUUUCCAGAUGUACCACGAUGCCUACUCUUCGUUGUCGGGUUUAUCCCCCGUCAGCUAUCCAUUGCUGAAUAUCAGGAUUCCGAUUCACUUGAUCUAUGGGUCUAUCGAUUCCUUGGUGGAUAUUGAUGUCAUGUGUGGCCAAUUACCCCCUAGAACUACAACGACAGUAGCAGCUUUGAACCAUGAACAUUUGGAUAACAUUUGGGGAGAUGAUGCUUACGAAGUUGUUUUCAAACACGUCUUACAUUACCUUGGAGAAAAUGAAUAUGAGGUAGAAUCCAAACUUUUCAGAAGCGCUCCUACUUUACGUUUAAUUGAAGAUGUAAUUCCUGAAGAGGAAGAGGAAGAUGACGACGAAGAAUCUGGAGAACGUACACUUGCAAAUGGCCAUAUCUCCUUGCUUAAACUGGCCAAUAUGUCCCAUUCUGGAAUCGAAGUCCAAGCUACAGGAGUUCAUUUUGCAAAUCAUGUACACGGAUCGGAAGGUUCAGUUUUUGUAUAA